CGCGACGCAAGAUGGCAGCCACCACGGGCUCGGGAGUAAAAGUCCCUCGCAAUUUCCGACUGUUGGAAGAACUCGAAGAAGGCCAGAAAGGAGUAGGAGAUGGCACAGUUAGCUGGGGUCUAGAAGAUGACGAAGACAUGACACUUACAAGAUGGACAGGGAUGGUAAUUGGGCCUCCAAGAACAAUUUAUGAAAACCGAAUAUACAGCCUUAAAAUAGAGUGUGGACCUAAAUACCCAGAAGCACCCCCCUUUGUAAGAUUUGUAACAAAAAUUAAUAUGAAUGGAGUUAAUAGUUCUAAUGGAGUGGUGGACCCAAGAGCCAUAUCAGUGCUAGCAAAAUGGCAGAAUUCAUAUAGCAUUAAAGUUGUUCUGCAAGAGCUUCGGCGCUUAAUGAUGUCUAAAGAAAAUAUGAAACUUCCUCAGCCGCCUGAAGGACAGUGUUAUAGCAAUUAAUCAAAAACCGCCACGGGCCCUCCCCCCCACCCCCCCACCCCAAUUCGAUUUAAGCAGUCUUCAUUUUCCACAGUAGUAAAUUUUCUAGUUAUGUCUUGUAGACCUCAAAGUACUGGAAAGGAAGCUCCCAUUCAAAGGCAGUUUAUCUUACGAUACUGUAAAUGAUACUAAUUUUUUUGUCCAUUUGAAAUAUAUAAGUUGUGCUAUAACAAAUCAUCCUGUCAAGUGUAACCACUGUCCACAUAGUUGAACUUCUGGGAUCAAGAAAGUAUAUUUAAAUUGAUUCCCGUCUGACUGAUGGGGCACAUCUAACUUAACUGUGAAAAGACACAUCACACCCUCACCUUGCUGCUGAUUACACGGCCCGGGGCGCUGCCUUCUCCCCUCCCUGCCUGCCCCCGCCCCGGAGCCCUGGCCUGGGGUGGCUGGGUGAGUAGACGGAAGGUUUCAGGUUGCCGCCUGUGGGACUACUGCUGGGUGUGGGGGGUGCUUUGCCUGCACCCUGGUUUCUUUUUAAGUCUUAAGUGACACCCCCUUCCAAGCCAUCAACCUGUCCCACUCUCCUCCACUCCCACCCUUGGCCGAAGCAUAGAUUGUAACCCUCCGUCCCCCUCUGAAAUUGGCCUUCGGUGAGGAAUUCAGGGCUUUCCCCAUCUCUCCCCCACCUUGAUCGAGGGGUGCUGCUUUUUCCCUCCUCCCCCCCUUUGUCACAUUGUCGCCCCCCCAACACGUCCCACGACCCUUCCUUCCUUUGGCCAGAAGCCAUCAGGUAAGGUUGGAAAGAGUCUCUGACCUCCCUCAUCUAGCUUUGGAACCACAUUCGUUCUCCACCAGCCUGGAAAAUGAGUAUCGGGUCCUGGCUGUGCUGCCCGCUGUCACCGUCAGCCGGUGUCUUAGCUCAGGGGUGAUGAGGUGAACAGAGCAGUCGCUAGGGUCGUGCAGACCUGCCAGUGCCCCUCCCUGGUGGGCGGACCCGGAGCAAGGCCACACGAGGACACUCGUAAGCACACGCGGUCCCUCUGGAUCGUUCCCUCUCCCCUGCCCGCCUCGCUUUGAAACGUUGAGGAAGGUUUACACGGCUUGUGGCCGCCCUGGCCUCCUCCUGGGCCCGGCGCGCAGUCUGACAACUGGAACAGAAGAACCGGCCCGGCACGGACUUUGGCUUUGGUGCUGCUGCUUCUCAAGCUCAGCGGGGACUAAGGAGCGGCUCUGUGUGCGGAGGGUCCCAGGAUGGCGGCCUGGCCUCCUGGCCCCUGCUGCGUUUUCCCACUUGCUGUUCAGGACCACUAAAUGCUGAAAUGUGGAUGCGUACCGAAAUAAAGGCCAUUCAUGGUGUUCUGAAGGGUUUUUUUUUUUUUUUUUAGUAUUUGUGUAAAACCACCUUUUGAAGCAGUAACUAUCAAGUCUGAAAAGCAAAGAUGUUUCCAUUAAUCUUUUUCUAGGGAAAACCUUAGUGGAAAGGAUUUAACAUCCUCUAAAGUUUCACUUAACAGUAUUCCAUAAGCAGCCUUUUUAUUGUCAGACCAUUGCCUGAUUUUAAUAUAAUAAAACAAAAGUGUGCAUUAAUAUUUAA